AAAGCCAUCAAAGAAAAAUCCAUCAGCAAAAUCUGACUUUGGGAGCCUUUUUUCAUUCAGAAGCUCUUUGGCUCAUGCCGCUGACACGCAGCUCGCUUUAGUGCUUUGCCUAACUGUCCGCAGCGCAUUUCGUGGUACGGACUAUUCGGACACCGCCGCGCUCCGCAUUUCACCGGCCUGAUCCACGGUGUUUGAGGUCCUGGAUCCGCCAUGGACGGCGGCGCGGAAGUGCAGAGCCGUCAGAGCCGGAGGCUGCCGGAUUUUCUCCAGAGCGUGAACUUGAAGUACGUGAAACUAGGUUACCAUUACUUGAUUUCUAAUCUCUUUGCUCUGUGUCUUGUUCCUGUGAUGGUCGUGAUUGUGAUCGAGGCCUCGCAGUCGAAUCCGGAUGACAUCCGUCACCUCUGGCUUCAUCUGCAGUACAAUCUCGUUUCUGUGAUUAUCUGCUCCGCCGUGCUGGUCUUCGGAUCCACUGUUUACAUCAUGACCAGGCCGCGGCCGGUGUAUUUGGUCGAUUACUCCUGUUAUAAGCCUCCCGAUGCCCUCAAAGCUCCGCAUCAGCGCUUUAUGGAUCACUCCAAGCUCACCGGAGACUUCGAGGAAUGUAGCCUCGAGUUCCAGCGUAAGAUCCUGGAGCGGUCCGGCCUCGGGGACGAGACUUAUUUCCCCGAGGCUAUGCACUGUGUCCCUCCCCAGCCAUCUAUGCAAGCCGCCAGGGAAGAGGCGGAGCAGGUCAUGUUCGGGGCACUGGAUAAUUUAUUGGCCAAUACCUUUUUGAAACCGAAAGAGAUAGGCAUUCUUAUUGUGAAUUGUAGCCUGUUCAAUCCAACUCCUUCCCUUUCAGCAAUGAUAGUGAACAAAUACAAGUUAAGAGGGAACAUUAGGAGUUUUAAUUUGGGGGGUAUGGGUUGUAGCGCGGGCGUGAUUGCCAUUGAUCUCGCCAAGGACUUGUUGCAAGUGCACAGGAAUACCUGCGCCGUUGUCGUCAGUACAGAGAACAUUACUCAGAAUUGGUAUUUUGGGAAUAAGAAGUCUAUGCUGAUACCUAACUGUUUGUUUAGAGUUGGGGGUUCUGCUGCUCUUCUGUCUAACAAGUCGGUCGACAGGAGAAGAGCAAAGUAUAAGCUUGUUCAUGUUGUGAGGACCCACCGAGGGGCUGACGAUAAGGCCUUCCGGUGUGUUUAUCAGGAGCAGGAUGAAAAUGGCAAGACGGGAGUUUCCUUGUCAAAAGAGCUAAUGGCAAUUGCAGGUGGUGCUCUCAAAACCAAUAUCACCACUCUGGGUCCUAUCGUAUUGCCAAUCAGCGAACAGCUUCUCUUCUUUUCAACAUUGGUGAUCAAGAAGCUGUACAAUGAGAACAUCAUGCCUUACAUUCCAGAUUUCAAGCUGGCAUUCGAUCACUUCUGCAUACAUGCUGGGGGGAGGGCAGUGAUCGAUGAGCUGGAAAAGAAUCUCCAGCUCCUUCCAGAACACGUGGAGGCAUCCCGAAUGACACUACACCGAUUCGGCAAUACUUCUUCCAGCUCUAUUUGGUACGAGCUGGCUUAUACCGAGGCCAAGGGGAGGAUGAGGAAAGGACACAGAGUGUGGCAGAUUGCAUUCGGAAGUGGCUUCAAGUGUAACAGUGCUGUUUGGCAGGCGCUGCGCAACGUGAAGCCAUCCCCUAAGAGCCCGUGGGAGGAUUGUAUUGACAGGUAUCCUGUAAAAUUUGUGUUAUAGCACAAUUCAUAAUGUUAUGGUAACUCGUAAGCAGUGUGUUUUUCUCAUCUGUUGUUUGCUGUGCAGGCCCUUAUUUCUUUUUUCAUAGGGUUUGUAUUUUGCUAAUUCUCUUUUCCUAUCCUGGUCCAUUGUAGAAUUUAUGGGGUUUUUUUCUUCAGUUUCCACCAUUUUUAUCUGAAUGCUCUUAGUUUUGUAAUUCACUAGUGCAGCCUGAUCCUUUUGUAGGCUGUCUUUGUUCCCAAGGAAACAUUCUUCUAGUUUUGGUACCCCAUGCCUUAUUGAAAGAAAUUUCAUUGAGUAAA